AUGCAUACAAGGAAAAAUCCAAAAGGCGAGCUUGUUCCUUUCGAUCCUGAACUUCUGAAAACAAUUCGCAUCAACAAAAAGCUUAAGGAAGCAAGCUCGUCUUCACCAAAAGCAGAGGAAGAGGUGUACGACAUCUUAUCACUCUUCCAAGAGCAACCUUCAACGCCAACACCUCAACCAAUGGCUCUCACCAUUAGGCAACUUUCAACCUCUGUGAUUCCACCUGGUGGAGUGCCAACCUGCAUAACCUACCCUGCUGCAGCUGAGGGAUUAACAGCUGAUUUUGAGUUGAAGUCUGGGUUGCUUCAUCGUCUUCCUACAUUCCAUGGACUCCCUAUGGAAGAUCCCAACAACCACUUGCAGGAAUUUCAGUUCAUAUGCACUAGCAUGAAGCCUCAAGGAGCUGAUGAGCAUAUUCUAAAGUUAAAAGCCUUCCCAUUUUCGUUAGCUGACAAGGCAAAGCAAUGGCUUUAUGAGUUGCCUAGUGGACGAAUUACAUCUUGGGGAGACAUGAUGAAGGCGUUUCUGGAGAAGUACUUUCCUACAUCUCGCAUCAUCAUGUUGAGGAAGAAGAUAAGUGGAAUCCAGCAAGGGCAAGAGGAGUCCUACGCAGAGUACUAUGAGAGGGACAUGCUAGAUGCAGCUUCUGGUGGAUCAUUUGUUGACAAGGAGCCUGCGGCUGGAAUGAUCCUUAUAGAGAAUAGGGCCUUGAAUCAACAACAAUAUGGAAGCUCUAGGCCCAAAGUCACCACCAUUCGUGAAAAAGUCCAUGAGGGAUCACAUGGACAAGUCAUGGUGUGUGGAGUGUGCUCAAUGCAAGGGCAUAUGUCUGACCAAUGCCCUCAACUCAUGGAAGGAGGAAACUUUGAAGGUGUCAACGCCCUAGGGUUCCAACAAGGGUACCAACGUCCAAGGAAUGACCCAUAUUCUAACACCUAUAACCCUGGCUGGAGGGAUCACCCCAAUUUUCGUUGGAGGGACAAUGAAAACGCCCAACAGGCUUCUCAAAGCUUCAAUCAACGUCCUCCAGGCUUCUUCCCAAAGCCUCAGGCUCCUCUAAACUCUACUACUUUCAAUACUUCAAAUUCUAAUUCAAAUGUCUCUUCUUCUAAUGAUGAAUUGAUUAAAGCAUUAGCAAAGUCUACUCAAGCUUUACUUGCAGGUCAAAAUACUCAUGAGAGACAGAUCAACACCAUUAGUACUGACAUGGCAGAGAUGAAGAAGCAAAUGAGCCAAGUAGUGGAGUUCAUGGGAAAAUUUCAUGAGCAAGGUAAGCUCCCAAGUGGCACCAUUCCUAAUCCUCACUUUGAGCAAGCAAAAGCCAUAACAACAAGGAGUGGAAGGACCACCAUAGACCCCCCUAUGGCGUCAAAGAAGAACCAGGUUGUCCAAGAGGAUGAGGAGGACGUCAUUGUCCAGAAGAAUGACAAGGAAGAAGAUCCUGCAACGCAGAAAAAGGAGAGCAUGACGCCAACUUCAAAAGGAAAGGAUAAAAGUGGGUCUGCUACGUCCAGGAUUGAAACUAACCUUGCAAUCCCAGAAUCUGCUACGUCCAGGAUUGAAACUGACCUUGCAAUCCCAGAAUCUGCUACGCCCAGGAUUGAAAGCUCAUUGCAAUCCCCAACGAAACCAGAAACCAAAGGUAAAUUGUCUAACUCUUCAGUUCCGGUUAUUACUAAUGCUUUCCUUUCUCCUAUGCCUUUUCCUCGCAGAUUUGCUAAAUCCAAACAAGAAGAAAGCGACAUGGCUGUUUUGGAUACUUUUAAAAAAGUGCAGGUCAACAUUCCCCUUCUUGAAGCUAUAAAACAAGUGCCCAAAUAUGCAAAGUUUUUGAAAGAGCUUUGUACAACAAGAAGGAGAAUUCGAGAAAAGGAGGUUGUGAAGGUGAAUGAGAAUGAGGGGGCAAAACCAACUAGAGAGGCUCAACGUCGUCUAAACCCUCCAAUGAUGGAAGUUGUGAAAAAGGAAGUCAUCAAAUUGCUAGACUGUGGCGUCAUAUACCCUAUUUCGGACAGUAAAUGGGUCUCACCAGUUCAAGUUGUGCCAAAGAAGUCCGGAAUAACGGUUGUGAAGAAUGAAGAGAAUGAACUUGUGCCCCAAAGAACCGUGACUGGCCAUAGAGUCUGCAUCGAUUAUAGGAAGCUUAACGCCACCACCAGGAAAGACCACUUUCCUCUACCCUUCAUCGAUCAAAUGCUUGAAAGGUUAGCUGGUCAUUCUUUUUAUUGUUUCCUUGAUGGUUAUUCUGGUUAUAAUCAAAUAUGCAUAGCUCAAGAGGAUCAAGAGAAAACAACUUUCACUUGUCCUUUUGGCACUUUUGCUUACCGUCGAAUGCCAUUUGGACUUUGCAAUGCCCCAGGUACGUUUCAAAGAUGCAUGCUCAGUAUUUUUUCUGAUUAUAUUGAGAAAAUAAUUGAAGUUUUCAUGGAUGAUUUUAGUGUUUUUGGUGAUAGCUUCGAAAAUUGCUUAGGAAACCUAGAAUUAAUCUUGAAACGUUGCAUUGAAACUAACCUUGUUUUAAAUUGGGAAAAAUGCCACUUCAUGGUUACUCAAGGUAUUGUUCUAGGGCAUAUUGUUUCUUCUAGGGGAAUAGAAGUAGAUAAAGCUAAAGUUGAUCUUGUUCGCUACUUACCCUCUCCCACUUCUGUGAGAGAGGUUCGUUCGUUUCUUGGACAUGCAGGAUUUUACAGACGCUUUAUCAAGGACUUCUCUAAAAUUGCAAGACCCCUAUGUCGACUUUUGCAAAAGGAGGUGACGUUUGAAUGGAAUGAUGAAUGCCAAGUUGCGUUUGAGAAAUUAAAGGAACUUUUGACCUCUGCUCCUAUUAUGCUUCCUCCGGAUUGGUCCUUACCCUUUGAGCUCAUGUGUGAUGCUUCGGAUUAUGCAGUAGGCGCAGUGCUUGGCCAAAGAAAAGAGAAAAAGCCUUAUGCCAUCUACUACGCCUCUCGAACUUUGAAUGACGCUCAAUUGAAUUAUUCGACUACAGAAAAAGAAUUAUUAGCUGUUGUUUUUGCUUUGGAUAAAUUUAGAUCUUAUUUACUUCAAACUAAAGUUGUUAUUUAUACUGAUCAUGCAGCUUUGAAGUAUUUACUCUCGAAGAAGGAAGCAAAACCGAGGCUAAUUCGAUGGAUUCUUCUUUUACAAGAAUUUGAUGUCGAAAUUAAGGACAAAAAGGGGAGUGAAAAUGUUGUUGCAGACCAUUUGAGCCGCCUUGUACAUGGUGAGGACGUCAUACCUCUUGUGGAAACUUUUCCGGAUGAGCAACUCUUCGGAAUUGAGGUAAGUGAACCUUGGUAUGCUGACAUAGUAAAUUUCUUAGUAACUAAAAAAAUACCAAACACAUUGUCAAGUUCUAUGCAUGCAAAACUUAAAAAGACUGCUAGGCAAUAUGUUUGGGAUGAUCCUUAUCUUUGGAAAUUUUGUGCGGAUGGUAUAAUUCGACGUUGUGUGCCUGACUGUGAGUUUAAUCAAACUAGUGGACAAGCUGAGGUGUCCAAUCGUGAGAUCAAGAAGAUUUUGGAGAAAACGGUUAGCCCAAGUCGCAAGGAUUGGAGUCAAAGGCUAGAUGACGCCUUGUGGGCAUAUCGGACAGCGUAUAAGACGCCAAUAGGGAUGAGUCCCUUUAGGUUGGUGUACGGGAAAGCCUGCCAUCUACCUGUGGAAUUGGAACAUCGAGCUUGGUGGGCUGUGAAGAGCUUCAACAUGGACUUAGACGAAGCUGGGAUUCAUAGAAAGCUUCAAGUGAAUGAGUUGGAAGAAAUACGUAAUGAUGCAUACGAGAGCUCAAGGAUUUAUAAAGAGAAAACUAAGGCCUUUCAUGACAAGAUGAUUCGUGGAAAAACAUUCAUAGCAGGCCAAAAAGUUUUAUUGUUUCACUCUCGUCUCAAACUCUUUCCAGGUAAGCUUCGCUCGCGUUGGGUUGGUCCUUUUGUUGUUACUUAUGUUUUUCCCCACGGAGCUGUGCAGAUUCGAAGUGAGCAAACGGGCAAUGAGUUCAAGGUGAAUGGCCAUCGCUUGAAGCCAUAUUACGAAGCCUUUAAGGAGAGCAACGUGGAGGAAGAGGACCUUCAUGACACACCACCUCCCACGGAUUAA